UCGUCUCUUUCCCCAAUCCCCCCUUUCCCUUCUUUUUGAACAUGAUACAUGCCCAUCGGCAAUACAUAUACAUCAUUAAAUCACAGACUUACGUUUCAUGUGAUCAAAACCCAUGGCCGAUACAAGUCAAACGGAAACGGUGUCUUCCGAAUGGGACGAUCUAACGGGGAAGGUAGUGUUGGUGACCGGAGCGUCAUCUGGAAUCGGCCGGAGCUUCUGUGUAGAUCUGGCGAACGCCGGUUGCAAAGUGAUCGCGGCAGCACGCCGGGUAGAUCGGCUGAUAUCUCUCUGCGAUGAGAUAAACGGAAAAGAUCUCAUCGAUGACGUUCGGGCAGUGGCCGUGGAACUUGACGUCGCUGCUGAAGGUCCCGUGAUAGAAGCCUCCGUCAAAAAAGCAUGGGACGCAUUUGGGCGCAUUGAUUGUUUGAUUAACAACGCUGGGGUUAGAGGAAACGUGCUGUCUCCAUUGGAGUUGUCUGAAGAAGAAUGGAACAGCACCAUGAGAACAAACUUAACAGGAACAUGGUUGGUAGCUAAGUACGUGGGUAGAUAUAUGUGUGAUGCUAAACAUAAACAUAAACAUGGAGGAUCAAUCAUCAAUAUCUCAUCUAUUUCUAGUCUUCCUCGUGGAGAAUUACCAGGAGGUCUGGCUUAUGUGUCUUCAAAGGCAGGCGUUGUCACAUUGACCAAGGUUAUGGCUAUGGAAAUGGGUAUGUACAACAUCAGGGUGAAGUCGAUUAAUCCGGGGAUUUUUAGGUCUGAAAUCACAGAAAGUUUACUGAGGAAGAAGUGACUGAAUCAAGUAGUUGAAAAGAUUGUCCCCUUAGGAACAUUUGGGACUACUGAUCCAGGGUUGACAAGUCUAGUAAGG